UUAUUUGAUCGGAUGGUUCCACCAAGUUCUUGCACCGAACAGCAAAACCCUCAAAGAAGGAUUUUCUUCAAGCUUCAAUGUUCAACACUUGAUCGUGGCUGCUUGGAGCGAAACCCAUGUUUAGAUAUCUACCUUCGUACGGAAAGAGAUUCUAGAAUAUCAUAAAUGGCUAUACCUUAUCCCUCUUAUCUUGUAUCAACUUCUGCUCGUCUUCAACCUCUGACUGACAAGAAUUAUAUCAGAAUCGAACCUCCCUUUCUUCAGGGAUUUAAGAGUACAAAUUGGCAUGUUAAAAAAUUUUGCGGAAAAUCAAGAUCCAAGCUUUCCUGUGCAAUGAAUAUGUCUGCACAACAGUCUGAUGACCAUCAGAAUGUUAAUUUGGACCAUUUAAUUGCCAAAGCACAAAAACUUUGGGACAAGUGCCCCCAGCCUGUCAAGAAUUUCCCAUGGAACAGAGCAUUGGAGAAUUUCAUACAACUUAUUCUUGAUCUUUCUCUUUCUGUUGUAAAAUACCUAUCUGUGCCUGUGUUGGCGGUUUCCUCCCUCAGUGAGUUGUCAUACUGUGCGCAUGAAAAGAAGCUAUUUUUCGUUCCUGUUCCAGUUCUCUUAGGUUUUACCAUUGCUGGGACCUUGGCAGAGACUGCCUUGGAUUCGUCUCCACGUUUGAAGGCUGCUGAAGUUCCGUGGCAUUUGAUUGCCAUUGCAAUUUUGUUCACACUGAUUAAGUUGCCAGGCCCAUAUUAUCCCUAUUGGGGACGCGUGCUUAUUCCACACUUUGCAAAUGGGGUUCUUUUGAGGGUUCUCUGGUUUGCAAUCUUGUGGUAUAGAAGACCUCAGUGAGCAUCAAAGACGUCAAAUUCUGUUGAUGGCAGUCACUAAAUCUUCUGAGUACUGAGCUAUGAUUCCAGCCAUCGAAGUAUAUCAAUCAGGUAUUUUUACUUGCCACGAGGGAAAAGUUGAAGUAGACUGCUGUAGCAACCAGGCACAACCUAUAGUAGUCUAAAUCCUAUGGAUUCUGCACAUGUAGCAAUAACUUGCUGGAUUGAUGAGGAAAUCUUGUGUAGCUCAAAUUACGGCCUAGUGGUAUCAAGCUUCUGGUUUUUUUAGCUCCUAUAUUUUUCUGGAUUAUUAACUUUCAUAUGAGUUGGCUUGAAGAGGCAUUUUGUUUGCGUUGUUUGAGGAAAUUUGAGAAAAUUCGUUAAUAUUCCAAUUAGCCUGUCACCCAUUUUCCUUGCAGAA